AUGGAAACCUCUGCAACUCCAGAGCUUGACCCGACCGUCGACACUACAACCACCGAUGCUCCUCCUGUUGCGACAGAGGAAGUGAUUUUAACAAUCCAUGGUGCAAUCCUCCACCUCAUCGACAAAUCAUGCAGCGUGGAGCUCGCUGUCGGCGAUCUCGAGAUUCUCCGUCUUGUACAAGACGACAUCACCAUCGCGGUUUUCGCUCGCGUUGCGAAGGAGAUCCAAUGGCCGUUAACCAAAGACUCACCCGCCGUGAAAGUCGACGAGUCGCACUACUUCUUCUCCCUCCCACCCGUCAAAGAAUCCGAGUCCGAGACACCGGAGGACCAUUCAACGGAAGAAGAGAGCGUCGAAAUGCUGAAUUACGGAUUAACAAUCGCUUCCAAAGGACAAGAGCCGUUACUAGAGAAGCUAGACCAAAUCUUAACAGAUUACAACUGUUUCACUGAAGAGAAACAUGAGAGUGAGGAGGAGACAGGGGAGGAUGGUAAUGAUGAAAACGUGUUGGAGUUAACGGCGGCGAAGGAGACUUCUCCGGAGGAGUUAAAGGGGAAGAGGAAGAAGAUGGUGAAGAAGGAAUGUACAGCUUAUUGGACGGCUUUAGCUCCGAACGUUGAGGAUUACAGUGGGGAUGCUGCGAAAGCGGUUGCUGCUGGUACGGGGCAACUGAUAAAAGGGAUACUUUGGUGCGGAGAUGUGGCGAUUGAUCGGCUUAUGUGGGGAAAUGAGUUCAUGAAACGGAAGCUGACCAAGGCUGAGAAAGAGAGAAAAGUUCACCCUAAAGUUUUGAAAAGUCUAAAGAGGGUAAGGAAGAUAACGAAAAUGACAGAGAAAGUGGCGAAUAUGGUGCUCUCUGGUGUCUUGAGAUAUUCUGGUAUGUUUUCGAGUUCUGUGAAAGACAGCAAAGCCGGGAAGAAACUCUUUACUCUUCUUCCUGGAGAAGUGGCUAUUGCAACACUUGAUGGAUUUUAUAAGGUUUGUGAUGCUGUUGAAUUCGCUAGUAGAAACGUUUUGAAAACAUCUCUAACUGUCACAACUGAUGUCAUCGAUCACAAGUAUGGGGCAGAUGUAGCACAGGCGACUAACGACGGGCUUGGAGCAGGAGGGCAUGUUCUUGGAACGGCAUGGACUGUUUACAAGAUCAAAAAAGUUAUUAAUCCCAAGAGUUUCUUGAAGUUUAAGUAG